UUACUCUAAGAAGCAAUGAAAUUGUUUGUGUGAAAUUAAUGUUAAAUCUUGAAUGAAUUAUGUUAAUAUACAAAAUGUUCACACCAUUGAUAUUUAUAUUUGUUACACUGUUUGGUACCCUUUAUGCAAAUAUUCUUCAAACAAAUGAUAUUCGAAACUAUUUAUCCACGCGCACACCUUAUAGAUUUAAGUAUAAUACAAAUGAGUCACAAAUCAUAUAUCCUGGUUGUGAAGCAAAGAAAGUAUGGAUGCUGUUGAGACAUGGGACUCGGCAGCCAAGCACAAAAGACAUAAACAACAUUAAUAUAAAAUUAAAAGAUCUGAAAUUAGAGAUUUUGUCACAAAAUAUUGAAAAAGUUAUACUCAGUAAAGAACAAUUAAAAAUCUUUGAAAAUUGGGAUAUUAACCUGUCUCCGGAAGAACAAAAGUUUUUAACUUAUGAAGGUCAAGAUGAGAUGAUACUUACAGCUGAGAGAAUGCAAAAAAGAUUUCCUAAAAUCAUAACAGAGGAGUACAGCAACAAAACUUAUCAGUUUCGCUACACAGCCAAGCAAAGAACACAACAGAGUGCAAGAUAUUUUAGUCUUGGUUUAUUCGACAAGAAAGUUGCUGAUGAGAUUAUAUUUGACCCGCCAAAAAAAGUGGAUACAACAUUGAGGUUUUAUAAGCACUGUGACAAGUGGCAAAAGCAAGUAAAGAAAAAUCCUGACACAUACAAGGAGCAGCGUUUGUUUGGAAUAAGUCAGAAAAUGAAUGAAACCUUGGAGUCCGUUUCACAGAGAUUGGGGCUGGAUAGGGUUCUAAGUUUGGAUGCAGUAGUUCUGAUGUACAAAACAUGUGGGUUUGAGACGGCUUGGCACAAGCAUUUUGAAUCUCCUUGGUGCUAUGCAUUUGAUUUAAACAGCAUAAAGGACCUAGAAUAUUACCACGAUUUGAGGAACUAUUGGUUGGAUGGCUAUGGACAUGAACUGACAUACCAUGUUGCAUGUAUGAUAUUGAAGGAUAUGUUCCAAUUUGUUAGUAACAACGAAGGUCCAAAAGCUACAUUCCUGUUCGCACAUUCCGGAACAUUACUCAAGCUGCUCACACAUUUACAGCUGUACAAACCGGAAGUUCCGUUAAGCGCCGACUACAUUGACGACGGAAGGCCCUUUAAGACCUCCGAUAUUGACUGCUUUGCUUCUAAUUUGGCGUUUGUUUUGUAUGAAUGUGGCGAUAAGCAAAAAAUGCUAACUCUUCAUCAGGAGAAAAUCGUGAAGCUGCCGAUGUGUGACAAUGAGUUGUGCCCGCUUGAGCAUUUGAAGAAAUAUUUCCAUGAUUCCAUACACAAAUGUGAUUUCGAUGAAAUGUGUUCAAUUAAUUGAAUUUUUUAUUUACCUACAUUGACAUUGAAUGAAAUUAUUUAAAAGCUUUAAUAA